GUCAACAGGAUCAAAACACCAGCAGCAACAGCACACGGGAGCUUCACUUCUGGACUGUCCGCUGGCCAUCAGCAGAUACCUUACCUGUCCGGCUGCAUUAACUCUGCCACGUCUUAGCAAACAGCCGGUAAAUGGAACGCAUGCAAUGUUUUCAUUUGGAGACACGACGUCCGUUUAAAAGCGCGAGAGCAGUAGAUGCACUUCACCGGCAAUUUAACUGACCGGAACUGACAGGGAAUGCGGAGAUGCGCCCAGCCAUGCCCUGCGCUCGUCUUCCCCGUAUUUAUGCCGCGAUAUGUGCUGUUAGUUGAGAACUGCUUUAUAGAGAAUGGGAUGAAUUAGACACAAAUGUGUUCAUAUGCAGCUUGUGGUAUUAUUAUAGGCGGUUAAGAACCUCUUUUUCCCCAUUAAAAGGACACCGGACAGCUCUUGUGCCCAGAGCCACUCCUGUCCCGUUAGAUCGCCAUCAAAAACAUUCAGCACACUGUAGUGAUGUGCUAUCUGUCAGUGUUAAUAAGAAUUAUAUAAUGUUCAGACUGUAAUCAUGGAGUCGGUGCGUCUUCACGCUAAUUUAUCGGGCUUUAUAGUUGGCUUUUAUAGACUAACGUUAAUUUUCUGUUUUUGUGCCUUAGUUUAUACAGCAGCAGCUGGUCCACGUUAGCACCUCAUGCUAGUAUAUUAUCCUGACAUAUUCACCAAACCUAGAUAACAUAACAAACAAUCCGACCAUUAACUAACACUAUGAGCGAUCACUAUGAGAGAGUGAAGAUUGAGCUCCAGCAGAUGAAGGAGGUGGAGAACGAGGCCGCGGCCGACGAGGAGCAGCUGUCCCCGGCCACAGCCUCUUCAAUCCCCGCUGACGUUUCAUUUACGGCACGGAGAGACCUGUCCAGAAGUAGCGUUAACGGGAGAAGUCGGAGUAAAAGUAGGAGUAAAAGUAGGAGCAAAGCAGACGGCCACGAGAGACAGGUGAACGGUAAACAGCUUGCGGAUCCGACAGCGCAGAAGUCAGACUCUUCACAAGGACAGAGCCGUGUGAGCAAUGAGCCAAACCUUCACAUUAAAGGAACUGCAAGGCUUUUAAAGAGUAAAACGGCGGCAAACGGUCACGUUGAGUCAUGUCUGAGACAUACAGAUGGGAAAUGUGAGCAUCAUGGCAAAGAGGACGGGAGAAAAGCGGUCAAAAAGAGGAGAGGUGUGACGGUGGACACAUCCAAGGCAAAGACGUCUCUCGAGGCGCUGAAGAUGAGCAUCAGACAGCUGAAGUGGAAAGAGUUUCCGAUGGGUAGGCGGACAGCCUGUGAUAUCUACUGGCAUGGCGUCUCUUUUCAUGACAAUGAGAACAUCGUCUCUGGGCAAGUCAACAAAUUCCCAGGAAUGAUAGAGAUGCUGCGGAAGAUAAACUUGAGUCGUGCCGUGCGCACCAUGCAUGAGCUGUUCCCAGAGGAGUACAACUUCUACCCACGCUCCUGGAUACUGCCUGAGGAAUACCAACUCUUCUCCACACAGAUUCGUCUCCUGAAGGACAAUGAUUCAACCCUCAAACCCACGUUCAUUGUUAAACCGGACAGUGGAUCCCAGGGCGACGGCAUCUACCUCAUCCGUGACCCCGCUGAUCUUCGGGUCAUCUCAGGUGCUCAGAUCAAACAAGCAGUUGUUCAAGACUACAUCCAGAAACCCCUGCUCAUCGAUAAACUGAAGUUUGAUAUCCGCCUCUAUGUUCUGGUCCGCUCAUUGGAGCCUCUAGAGAUCUACAUCGCUAAAGAGGGUCUGUCCAGGUUCUGCACAGAACCCUACCAAGAACCCAGCCAGAAGAACCUCAGUCAUGUUUUUAUGCACCUUACCAACUACUCCCUUAAUGUGCACAGCGGAAACUUUGUCCACUCCGACAGCUGCAGCACGGGCAGUAAACGCACCUUCUCUAGCAUUCUCUAUCGCCUGGCAUCUAAAGGAGUGGACAUCAAGAAGGUCUGGUCAGACAUUAUUGCUUUGGUUAUCAAGACAGUAAUUGCACUUGUGCCUGAACUGAAGGUGUACUACCAGGCAGAUAUACCACCUGGAAAACCAGGACCGACAUGUUUUCAGAUCCUGGGCUUUGAUAUCCUGCUGACGAAAAACUUGAAGCCUAUAUUACUAGAGGUCAAUGCCAAUCCCAGCAUGAGGAUUGAACAUGAACAGGAGGUGUCACCUGGUGUGUUUGAAUAUGUACCGAGUCCAGUAGAUGAAGAGGUGAAAGUGGGUGUGAUCAGAGACACGCUGCGGCUCAUGGACCCCGCUCAGAGGAAACAACACGCAACGUGAGUUGUAGGCUUUAAGGCAUAUGG